UCUGCAAGCUGACAUUUUCAUGACAGUUCAUCGCCGAGACGAAAGUAAAGCUCGAUCCACCGAUUUUAUUUAUAAAAUAUCUCUUUCGUCUAUUAAUACACCGACAGAUUACUUUUAGAACAACAUUUAGAAACGGUGGAGGCACGCAAAGGCGUAGUGUUUAUGAAACAAACGCGUAAUUCAGCGUAAUACGCGGCGCAAAUCCUUAGCGCGCAUCAAAAUAUUUUUAUUUAUAACAAGACGGUUUGUAUGAAAAUGUGUUUAAAAACAAUCGCGGGGCACCUUUAUGUAACUCGGAGGAACGAUUUAAUACAUUAUUCUAUCUAAAAUUAUAACCAAAGAGGUAAAAUCAGUUAUUAUUGAUAAGAUUGCGAUCAGGCUGCUGAUUAGAACAUUCAAAAGCGUGUUAUUGGUGUGUGAAAUGUGUUGACGAGUUUAGUGGAUUUGUGAAGUGUAAGUGCACAAAAUGCCUGGUAAGAUUAAAGUGAAGGUGCUGGCAGGGCGUAACCUGCCGGUUAUGGACCGGGCGAGCGACACCACGGAUGCCUUUGUGGAGAUCAAGUUCGGUGGAGUCACUCAUAAGACUGACGUGUGUCGGAAGUCUCUCAACCCUCACUGGAACAGCACUGAGUGGUACCGGUUUGAGGUUGACGAGUCGGAGUUGCAAGAUGAGCCCCUGCAGCUCCGGUUGAUGGACCACGACACGUACUCCGCGAACGAUGCUAUCGGCAAGGUGGUUAUUAGCCUGGCGCCGCUGUUGGCAAGGGAAGCUAACAAUGUUAACAAUACUACAGCACCACAUGGAGGAGCGGUUAUGUCCGGCUGGAUCCCGGUGUUUGACACGAUGCAUGGCAUCCGCGGCGAGCUGAACGUCAUAGUGAAAGUGGAGCUGUUCUCAGACUUCAACAAGUACAAGACGUCCAGUUGUGGAGUGCAGUUCUUUCACUGUCCUAUGAUACCGCCAGGAUAUAGGGCGACGUCCAUCCACGGCUUCGUCGAGGAGUUGGUGGUGAACGACGAUCCUGAGUACCAGUGGAUCGACAAGAUCAGGACCCCCAGGGCGUCCAACGAAGCCCGGCAGGUGGCUUUCAUUAAACUUAGCAACCAGGUUCAGCGUCUGGUGGGGUUGAAAGCUGCCGAGUUAGGCGCAAACGCAGUGAUCGGCUACCAGCAGGACUUCGACCUGGAGGGAGAGGCGGGCGUCGUCGCCAGAGCUAUCGGCACUGCAGUGAGCAUCUCGCCUAUACCAACUCCGAGCCAGCAAGUAAAUAUACCGCCGUGCACGCAACAACAGUUGAAAAAAUAUUUGGACAUUUUGGCCUCUGACGGGGACAAUAUAACAGAUCUGAAACUGUAUUACCAAAAUCAUCAGGAAGAGUUGCAGAAAUUGCUCACUAUACUUAAUCCGAAUGCUUCCUCGUUACUCGAUGAGCCUAUGGACGAUGAUGAUGAUAGAAGUCUGGAGUUGGCCAGGCCGUCAAACGCCAGCAGCUAUGCUGGCAGCGUCUCUCUCUACCAAGAUGAUUAUAUGUCCCACAAAAGCCUCAAGGACAUCUCGGAAGACCAGACGGAUUUGAACCGACUACUCAACAGAAGGGAUGAUUACGAUUCGGACUCCUCGGGUCCUCUGCAAAAGAUUAAGAAACUUAAAACCAAUUUAUUCUCUAAGAAAUUUUCUUUGCGUUCUCGGAAAUGGGACAAAGAUAGCGAUCAAGUAUCCCUGAAAUCAAAUUCUUCUGAUAGUUCUAGAAUCACGCUUUUAGAUUUGAAAAAUGAGUUUAGGAAAUUGAGGAGAAUCAAAAAGCCCAAAUUUCGUAAAGCUGUAUCGUGCCAAGAGGACGAAGGUGAGGGCGAAGGCAUGGUUUCCAUUCUAGCUAGAUCUGUCAUCCAUGCUCACACAAGUCUAGCAUGCAUUGCAGAGAAAGAUUCCGAUCAUUCGCCAAGUUCUACACUGAGACGUACCAGUGAAUCCGAGCCUACGAUUAAUGUUGUUGACGAGGAAAAACAUAAAAAGAUCGAAGGUGUAGAGGAAAUACAUGAAAAUACAAAAGUAAUCCCUGAAAUACAUUUUACCUCCUUAACUAACAUAAGUUCAGACGGGCCUGUGCCGGAGCGUCAAAGAAAGAUAUCGGAAUCCUGCCCGACAACUCCAGUAGUCGGUAGAAGCGAAAAUCUUCUUAAACUACCCGGAGAUCCAGAGUAUUUCGGUUCAAUUUCCUCUGCAUUGUCCGGGGAAAGUUCGGAAAUAUACUCCAGUUCUGAUGAAGACGACGAGAGUUCUGAUGUGAAGACCUACACAGACGGAUCUUUUGAGACUACAAGUUCCGUAGUACAGUCGGUAUUAAAUCAUGAAGUAGAUCCCGCUAUAAUCGACCAAAUGGACAAGAAAUUGAGUAUCCUUGAAAGCGCUACUCCCGAACCGUCUGAACUUAAAAACGAUGAUUUAUUCACAAACACUACAUCUUUAGAAUCAGUGACACACGACGCGGAAAAUAUUAAAACUGAAGAAAUUGAAGUUACCGUACAAGAGGCUCCUUCUACUUCGAAGGAAGACACGUGCGUAAACAGAACCAGUAGUCAAUACAUCAAACUGCACAAUCCUUUUGCACACAAAAAGGCAUCGAAAAGCAUUAGCGCACCCUCCUCUCCUACAGAAAAGACUGGCUUUGUCUAUCGUUCCUCGAAGCGGAUUAAAAAUAAAUUAUCAAAAAUAUCUAAAAGCAGCAUGAUAAAGAGUCUUUCUCAUUACUCAUUGUUGCCAAAGAAGAAAGUGCAUUCAACUUUGAGCAAUCCCAGCUCUUCAUCUGAUGUACCAUCUAAAGCCCCAAGCGAGACUGUAUUAGGAUCCCACUUUCUUUCAUAUUCAGACUUGCUAACUUUAGAUAGAGAAGGAUUCCAAUCCCACAAACCUUUGCACAAGAGUGACGAAUUUGGCCGCUCGAAAUUCUCCAUGUAUAUUGGCUCGGAACCUGUAUCUAGGGCAUCACUUAGUGGCACUUCAUCCCCUCCUCAUAAAGAUGAUCAUGACCAUCACGUGUAUAAGAAAGAAAAAUCUUUGAAGCCCGCAAGUCUUGUUCAGACAGCUAUGGAGACCAUGCUGAUUGACAGAGUCCAAUCAUUACUAAUACCCACAUCGCCCGAUCCCGCUUCUGUUAAUACUCAGCAAUUUUUCACUGACGUCAGUGAGAAGUUGGAAAAAGUUGAGGAAUCUAGAAAUAAGAAAGAUUCGAUCGGCAUUGUCCGUCCAGAUGUAAGCAAAGCUCAGUCUUUGCCACCUGAAUCGCGGUCGCCGUCUUCAAAGUCUGUUCCAUUUUUUGAUGAUUUCAGGAAUAAAAAGUCGAAUAUGCGCGAAAGGAGUAUUUCAGAUCACAAGCCCCCUGGGCUUCUCCAUACCGCUAUGGAGACUAUACUCAUGGAUAAAGUCCAAACUCUGGUAGGUCCUGCGACUCCAGAGCCCAUAAAUACAGUGCCACAUUACGAAGAAAAGUAUAAAAAGGAUAAACCAAAAACUAAAGCCAAAGAGUCAUCUGGUUUGGUUCACACAGCGAUGGAGACUAUGUUAAUGGAGAAAGUACAGUCAGUAUUACCUAAAAGUCCUGAAAUAAUAACAGUAACGGCAGAUCCAGCAUUGGAUAAAGAUAAACCCAAAAAGGUCGAGCCUAAAAAAGGUAUUAAGCCAGCUGGGUUAGUACAAACCGCAAUGACAACUAUGCUUCUGGAAAAGGCACAAGCAGUACUGCCAGAAACUCCUGAACUUGUUGUAAUACCAGAACCUUCUUUCGGCGAAGAUAAAUCUGUUUCAAAAGGUAAGGGAAUGAAACCUAGUGGUUUGGUCCAUACAGCCAUGGAAACUAUGCUACUUGAGAAAGUGCAAUCUGUAUUACCUGAGACUCCUGAAACUAUUCCUAUUCGAACAGAAGAGCCUUUAAAAGAAAAAACAGAAAUUAGUGAUGUUAAAACUGGAGAUGUCAGACCAACUGGUAUAGUCCAUACAGCAAUGGAAACUAUUCUUAUAGAUAAAGUACAAAAUCUUUUGGCAUCUGAUGUUAACGUAGGAACUUCUGCAAAUGAACACACCAAAGAACUCGAGCUUCAAAAGUCACCGUCGACUCAUUCGAUGGAUAAAAUUAGUUUUACUUCAGAAAAGUCACCCUCUAUUUUUAUAGGCAAAGGAAAAAACAAUGAUUCGGUUAGUAUAACAAGUGGUACGUCAUCUGGAUUAGUACGUACAGCAAUGGAGACAAUGCUUUUUGAAAAAGUCCAAUCCGUACUAGGUCCUGAAACGCCCGAACCAAAAUCUGUAAAUAUAGAAACUGAGAAAGCAGAGAAAGAACCUAAAGACUUGUUAGAUAUGAAGUCCCCUAGUUUAGUGAAGACAGCGAUGGAAACCAUUCUUAUGGAUAAGGCUCAAUCGCUGAUUCUAGAAAGAAUAGAUCCGGUAGGUACGAAAAAUCAAGAUGCUGAUAAGACUACUGCAAAAGACACUGAGGAACCAGCCGCUUACGUUGACAAAGCUAUCAAAAACAUAGACAAACUCCAAUCUCUAAUAACUGAAAGCGAAACGAAGGCCAGCGAAGAUCCUUGCUUAGUCGAAACCGAAACAAAUCAAAAGAAAGAAUUUAAAAAACCGAAACUAGUAAGACAAGACAGCGUAAGUUCAGCGCAGUCGCUCAAAAUGUCCAAUGACGUACAAUUAACAAAGCCUAUGUUGCAACACUUUCAUCCGGUGCUAAGCGGCGCGCAGUUAGAGACGAUACCGUCGCUGCCGGAAAGCUUUGAACAUACAGAAAGCUCGGACGUGAGUGUGGAAGCUAACUAUAGUGUCGAUGUGUGUGGUAACUUGCAUGCAGUGUGCGGUGUUGACAGGGAUAAGUGCGAGCCAGGGAGGGGCUCCCCGAGGCACGCGCGCCACGAGUCCUAUGGAGGGAAGGAGCCGGUACAAACGCAUCAGCAUGCCCAGAACUCCUCGCUGAACGCGUCCUCCACGCCCAUGGGUAUACACAGGAGGUCGUCAGAUUCUGAUCUCAGUGUUACGCCUAAAGGUAAUGGUUUUUUGAAUGGAGGUUCUCUGAACACGUCGGCGGGUAACGUAGGUAGCGGCGGCGGCGCCAUCUUGCGUCCGUCGAUGAACAGCAAUAAUCUGGACAUGCUCGAGUACCCGUUCCUCACAAUGACGGAGUUUCCACCAGGGUUCAUUGUGCAUAUAGGCGGCACGGUGUGCGCGCGCUCGGUGAAGCUGGCGGAGACGGAGGGCGGCGCGCGCGGCGCGUGGUGGGCCGAGCUGCGCACCGAACUGCGAGCGCACGCCCGCGCGCUGCGCUGCAACGCCGUCGUCGCCUACGCAGACUCCGCCGCCAUCUGUGAGGACGUGUGUGUACUAUCAGCUUCUGGAACCGCUGUAGUGAUCAACCUGGAUUGUGACUUCAAUGCUGAGGUCGAUGGAAACAAUGCGUCGAGCGGUUCAAAGAACGCCAUAGAUGAGCUAGAGGCGGAGUCGUGUUCGGUGGCGCACGUGCCGUACUCGCCUGGGGCGGGGCCCUACCGCGCCGAGCUCUCCACUUGUGGGGGGUGCAGACGAGCAAGAGUGCCAGCCGUUUUGUUGGCAACAUGCUCAAAACCAAACAAAUUGGUCUCCUACGGAAAAGCGAUCACACUCACCGCUGUUGCGGCCCGCGUGCGGCGCGCGCCGCCGGCGGCGGAGCCCGGCGCGCGCGACAUCUCGGACCAGCUGCCCUUCCUCGAGUACGAGCUGCACAAGCUGCUGCUCGCCAAGCUGCGCAUGCAGGGUGCAAACGCACUAUUCUCGUUGCAAACACAAAUAGCUGUAGGCGAGCGAUGUGUGAUGGCUCUAGCCAGCGGCACUGCAGUCAGAUUAGCAGCGCUACCGCCUCCAACGCCGCCUAGAAUUAAGGCCUCGGAAAACGACAAAGAUGCUGUGGACAUACAGAAAGCGUUGUGGGACUCGUUCACUGCAAAUAAAGCUGCCAACGGAUACGAUAUAGGUGGCGUAGACCAUAACACGAACGGCGCGCUACCGGAAGUGGACGGCGAAGAUGCGCCCGCGCUAGAUCUGUGCGCCGAUAAGGACGCGUGCGUACUUGAAUUGGACGAGGCGGAAGAUGUGGAGACGGCGCGUUCGCUGGCGCAGCGUCGUGCGCAUGCGCGUGUGUUCUGCGGCGAUAUGACCCCGCGCGCAGACCCGCCGCACGCAUUCGCACAGGUGUGGCGCGCGCGGGCGGGCGCGGGCGCGGGCGCGGGCGGCGGCAGCAGCGCGGGCGCCGAGCGCGUGGCGGCGCGCGCGCUGGACGCGGCGGCCUACAAGCUGCGGCGGCUGCGGCCCUGCGCACUCGCGCCCACGCGCUUCCACCUCGAGCUGCCCGAGGAUGAAAUUCAACUAGUGGUGUACGGUACGGCGAUACCCCUAGUAGAUCCGUCAAAACCGGAACCAGCCACUGAAAAUGGAGAGACGACUAACCACACGAGUGGUGGAGGCGACACCGACGACGACAUCUUCGCUCUGGAUGAAGAACAGCUCGUAAGGAACAACAACCAGCAGGUCGAGGUCGAGGAGAAAUCUAGCAACGGACAGCCCCCGCGCUGCGUGUCGCUGAGCACGCUGAGCGGCGCGUGCGGCGCGGCGGCCACGCGUCGCAUCUGCGCGCUGCGCCUGCUGUUCGUGCGCGAGACCACCGCCGUGCGCGAGCUCGGCGGCCUCAGCGGCUUCCUGCACACCUUCACGCUGCGAGGUGCUGGCGAUAGUACGCGCGUACACGGCGGCGCUGGGCGGCAACGCGCUCACAUCCUUCUACAUCACGCAGCUCAUGCUGCAGGACAACGCACACAAGAACCAGGGUCAAUGUCUUCUAUCAGUGGGCGGGGACGUGGUCCACGUAACGUAUUAAACAUAUCCAAGUGACGAGUGACGUCGCGAUCUAUCGGCAAACAUUGUAUGAAAAAUUGCCAGAUGAAAAAAUGGCAACUUUAGGUAGAAAUUUAAACAAAUAUCAGUGUUGGUAUAUGUGGUAGGAAAUUAAGGAAAAUCUAUUUGUCUGCGUACUAGCAUUUAUUUUGUUUGGAGUAUGAUUUUCGCCAUCGAAGUUUGCCAUAAUUGGUAAUAUAAUACUGCAUCGAUUUAUGAAAAAGAAUAUAUACGGCCCGCUGUUAGAUGGAGAAUUGAAAGGAGUUUUGUUCUACGAUUUUUAUGAUGAUAUUCAAAGGAAAUGUUAGACCGUACUCUGGAUGGCUAUAUUUCGCUCUAAGACUAUUUUUAAACAUUUAAAAUACUCGAGUCACUUGCCUGUCGAUAUAAGUCGUUCGAAUCCAUGACUGAAGUCUGAUAUUUGAAGAACAAAACAUAUAGUAGAUAUAUAACCACGGUAACUAUAUAAAAUGUACUUAAUUUUUGACACAAACGUCUAUCAGCCGUUUUCAAUAAACGAUCUCAAUCUCGAUCUUCAACCCGAUUCUGAAAAUGAACCAAUCAAAAUAAAAUCAUUUGAAGCAUGUAAAAAAAAACAUUUAUCAGAUUUUUCGAUUUUUUUUAUAGAUCUAAGAAGCGACUAGGGUCGUUUAUUGAAAAUGGCGGUGUUAAGUUUAUUAUAUCUUACUAUCAAUUCAUGUGAUAAUUUAUAAAAAUUAAUUCUUCUUAAAUAAAAUAUAUUGCCGCGAAAGCAAGAACGGCCACGUCUAAAUAAUAAAUGAAAAAAAAAAUACAAAAAUAACAUAUAAUUUCCUUUCAAAUUAGUUCUUUUAACGUCUUUUUUUUUAAUAUUUAUUUUAAAUGUUUGGAUGUUUGAGGAAAAUAAACGCAAAAACUGAACCGAUUUGGAUGGAUUUUGUCACACGAGUACACCAUGUCUUGGUUUAAUUCAUAGGCUUUUUAUUCCGGUAAUUUGCUCCCAUGGGAAAUGUUGGGCUUUUUCAAUUAUUUUUUUAUACAUGCCGCUGGCGCACUACAGCUAAUGUUUUAUGGACUUUUGUAGCAAGAAAGGCUUUUCACGCGAAUGAAGCUGCAAGCAACACCUAUUUUUACAAUAAAAUUAGGCCGUUUUUGCGCUUACCUUACAUCACACCGCCUACUGCCAUAUUAAGUGGAAAGAAGAUUUUCAAAACAGUUUUACAAACAGUUGUGUUACAAACUCGCGUUUAUGAGAGAAACUUUGUAUCUUUACUCUUAGAAAAAUAUGUCUGAUUACCCCGAGAUUUAGUCAAUUAACAUAAGUUUUAUUAUUCACGUACUUAAAGUAUAUGAUGUAUAAACACGUGUGUUCCUUCUUUUUUGGUCGCAUUAUACGUAAGAACUCGUGGACACCUAAGUAGUACAAAAAUAGUACACGAGAUGUCGCUUUUUCAAAUUAAUCUAAAUAUGAACGUUUUCAAAGAAUGUUACACCAUAAGUUCAUUUAUAAAAAAAUGAUAUUUAUUGUAUUAGUGUAAUAAAUAUUAAAAAUGAAUGACAUCUAAUUACUUAGUUACAAUUAUUAAAAAUAUUUUUAAAGUUUCAUAUGUAUCUGAAAAUGUAUUUUACAAUUUAUAUAUGACGUAAAUUUGUUAUUAAAGUAAAGAAAAAAAUGAGUCAAUAUCACGUUGGCAAAAUAAAAACGAUGCUAAAGUAAAUAACAUAAGGGCGCUUUCAAUUUGUCUCUUAUUACAGCGCGGGAUUCGCGCGUUUUUUUAUAUGAAUUUACUUUACCGCGCGAACGCAGUCGAAGACCCGAAACAAAUGUUUGAAGAUUUUUUAUAAUUUUUAUGAAUAGAAUGUCGAAUGAUGAGUGAUGAUUACUCCUCGUUAGUCGACACAAUUAUGCCGCCCUGUUGGAACUGAAUAUACACAGGCUGAUCCCGGAACGCGACACACUUUGUGGGCCACUAUGGCGGAUUUAAACUCUUUGUUUACGGUGGUCGCUAUGCGGGCGGAUAUAAAAUAUAUCCUACAAACAAUCCCUAAAACUUGCGACCCCUGUUCCCGGCUCGUAUUGAACUACAGGCUGUUCCAGAACUAAUAUAUAUCUUGCCAAUACUAUCUCUCUAUUGUACUUAGUUUUUUUUCUAUCGUUUUUUUAUGUAUAUAAGUAAAUAGUGUAUAUGGUGCUAUGUAGAAUUGUGUACUUUUGUAAAAAAUAUUUUUUGUCUUUUAAUAUUUGUAUUGUCAUUUCGUUUUUAAGAGAGUUCCGAAUGAUAUUUUUCACGCAUUAUCAUUAAACAUUGUUUUUAAUUUCUAAUUAAUUUUGUAGCAAUGGUUUUAGGUGUGGUGAGUUACUAUUUUUUUUAAGUAUUGACAUUGAAAAGUUAAAGUCAUAUAAUCAUUGUUAUUGGUAGUAUGUGAGAAAUACGUUUAUCAGGAAAAAUAACAUAAAAAAUAUAUGUAUACUUGGUCGUCUUGUAAUCGAAAUUUAAUAUAUUGGCAACACUAAUUAUACUUUUUUUUUCUAUACUCCUUUACAUGAAGUUUCAUCAAACCUAAUCACAAUCCCUAUGCAUAAUGUGUUUAAAAAGAGGUACAACAUACUCACGCGUUAUAUAUAUGUAGGAAAAUUUACUAUCAUCUUAAUAAUUAUUAUCUAUAAUAUUUUCAAAAAGGUUAAUUAUAUUGUUACACAUCAUUAUAUAGCUUAUUUUUAAAAUGUCUAUGACUCUAUUCUCGAUAAUUAAUACGCGGUUUAUGGAAUGUAAUGAAUGUUAAUGUUUUAUUCACUGGUAGGUACCAUCGCAAUGUAUAUUUCUGCCGCCAAGUAGCAGUGUGUAGUCACUGUUGUGUUCCGGUUUGAAGGACAUUGUAGCCAGUGUAACUGGACAUAGUGAGACUUAACAUCUCAUGUCUCAUGGUGGCGAGCGCAGUGGAAUACCAAACAAUACUUUGUAAUUCAAGGUGUUGGUGUUUCUACUGUUUAUGGGCGGUCGUAUCGCUUACCAUCAGGCGAACGGCAAGGUCGUCUCGUCAUACAGAAUAAUUUAUUCAGCCCGUGGAAUAACUACGAAAUGCACGUAUUGCUAAGACAAAAACACGGUUUGCAAAGUAUUUUCACUCGGAACUUUCUAGAUAUUAUAUUCGUUGCAUAUUUAUUGUUAUAUUGAAUGUAUUUUUAUGUGUUAGUGUGUGUUGUAGAUACAAUAUACUGAAAUUGUAA